AUAGGAGUAAAGCGAAAGAAGAGAGAGAUCGAACUGAAGCAUCAAAUUUGUUUGAAUUCAUGGUGGAUUCCCCUUCUGGCGGCAUGACGGUAGCAGAAUGCCAGGAUUUUAUCCAGAAGAGUUUCCAAAAUCCAACUGUCAAAUUUCUGAAGGAGAAUUUGGAGAAAUCUGGAUGCAGAAUCGGGACCAAUUUCAUAAAGGCUGUUCAUUGCCAAGGAAGAUUAACUAGUCGAUUCGCCAGAGGAUUUGCGAUUCAAGUAUGCAGCAAUAAUUUGCGAUGUGAAGAUGAGGUAGUGCAAGUGGUGAUUCAUGAGCUAGUUCGUGCAUAUGAUGAGUGCCGUGCUGCUAAUCUCGACUGGACCAACUGCACUCAUCACGCCUGCAAUGAGUUAAUUGUAAUGGCAGGUGUAGCUUGCUUCAUCAUAUCAUGGUUUUGGUGUUUGUUGAAGCAGAUUCGAGCUAACCAUCUGAGUGGUUAUUGCCAUUUGAAACGAGAGCUUCUUCGUGGUAAUUUGAACAUAAAGGGUCACGAGCAAGAAUGUGUAUGGCGAAGAGCAAUGAAAGCUGUGAUUGGAAAUCCGUACUGUUCGGAGAUAGAAGCUGAGGAUGCAAUGAAAUUUGUGUGGAGUAGUUGUUAUAACGACACAGCACCCUUCGACCGAGCUCCUUGACCGGAGAGAGCCAACCUCAAACAUUACUCACUUCUCUUGCUAGGGAAUUAGCCUGUUUUUGGUAUUUACAGUGAAUGUUCUCCCAAGCUGCUGCUGCUACUACAAUAUGAUAGUAUCAUAAUGAUACAAUGAUACAGUUGUGGUCAUAUCUCAAUAUGGAAGUAAGCGCUCAGCAUUUUUAUUUACUCAAUAGGACCAAAUGUACAUAUUCAUCGCUAAUUCCACGGAAAGAGCAAAUGUACUUUUCUAUAA